AUCAAUUUAAGCUGUUUCUUCCGAAAAAAUUGUCAGGUCACCCGGACCGGGUUUGUUACGAAUAGACAACCUGCCUUGCCCAGAACGAAACCGAAUCAAUUUCUUCAAGUUCUUGGAAAAAUAGAGAGAAUCUGAUCGACCUAUGCAUUGUACUAUUGAGUCUGAAGGGAUAGAAGAAGAGGAAGGAAGGAAAGCGCGCGAUUGGGGAAAAUGGUACUAUGGGAGGUGACAUUGGCAACGGCGUACUUCUUAGGCUUGAAGAGAACGUACCGACUCGCAUUGAGGAUUCAGCGGCGGGUGAUUAGCCCCAAAUAUCCCAAGAUUUCUCAAUUUGCUCGCAAGCGAACAAGAGAUGUGUUUGAUGUGGCACUGAAUGUUCAUCAGAAAAUACAAGAGAGAGAUCUUGAAGCUGGAAGGAACUUGGGAAACUGGAUCCUUAGAUGGCUUGAUAAAGCAAAGCCAGCAGCAAACAUCCGAGGACGACCCCUUCAUCCUCCUCAUUCUCGUAUUGACAAUGGAAACAGACUCUCUACCAAACAACAGGUCCGUACUACAUCCACCAAGAAGUUUGACCACCCUAACGGGCAGGAACAGCAGGAAAACAAUUCGAACAGCAGGCAUCUCUUUACAUCAUCAUCAUCAUCGUUAAGGAAUACUAUGUUGUUGCCAAAAACCUUUCCCACCGUUGCAAUGAUGAUGAGGCCUGCAGGAACACCUACCAGCAUCCACCACCAAUACAGGCAGUUCAUCAGCAGUAACUGGCGGCUUGUUGAUUCCACCAAAGCUGACCUUGGAAACUUUUCCCAUAAUAUCAUACGGGAGGAUAUAAUGCAGUGGAUUCGACGGGGUCCGUAAUUAGCUUCACAAAAAACUGAAGUUACAGGUUUGGUUUACAUGGGUGACGGGUGACCAUAUCUCCCCUGGAUCCAUAUUGUAAAAUUUUGAAUUACUACUAUUGUUUUUAUGCGCUGAGGAAUUCUUGGUAGUGCUAGUGUCAUGUAUCCUAAUUUCUUUAGUCCAUUUAAGCAUGUUAUGAAGCAGCAGCCAGUCCAUGCAAUUUUGGACAAGAUUUUCACUAUGGGUCAUCCGGAAACAGUCUCUCUGUGCUUUAGUACAGGGGUAAGACUGCGUACAUCCGACCCCCCCUUACCUCACCGUAGGUGGGAGCCUUUGUGACACUGGGGUAAAUGAAAAAAAAAAUAAGCAUGUAUGUCCCCCAGAGCCCGUGAUGUUAUUGAAUUACCAUGAUAAGUGCCCAAAUUUGUGAUACAUUACAAAUGUCAUUGGUGUACAUCUCAAUGCAAUUAAUGGUAUCACAUUCCCA